AUGCUUUGUGUACCCUGGCUUUUCUCGGCUGAAGGCCUGCGUCGUCUCAACAUCUGUCGCGCUGUACAUACGGUGCCGCAGUCCCGUGCAAGCUCGGGUGUUGGGCCAAGCCAUGUCCAAGAAGAAGAUCUAGUCUGUAGCAGGUUCCACCACCUGUUGACGGUUGCGAGUCUACGCAGGAACCAUGACUUCAUCACCUCCCUUGUGGAGCAAAACCCGGUCCUAGCGCCGCUUUGUUAUAUUGGCGUCCUGGUUGCCGUGAUCGGGAUCACCUGUCCAGGCGCGACAAUGCUGAGCUUCCUCGGCGGGAUCUUGUUCAAGCAGCCGUACGCCAGCAUCUACGCGUACUGCGGCUACAUUGUCGGUGCAACGAUCUCCUAUUUUGUUACGACCUUUGUCCUGGGAGACUACAUGCGGAAGCGACUGGCAGCCAACUCCCAGUUGUACCAGAAAUUCGAGGCCAACGUGCGUCGCAACGCUUUCGCUUAUCUCGUUGCCGCUCGCUACACAAUGGUCUUCCCGUUCUUCUUCGUGAACGGUGCAGCUGCGCUCGUCGGUGUUCGGUGCAGGACCUUCAUCGCUGCCACCUCCGUCAGCUGCAUCCCGGGCUCCGUCAUCUACACCACUGCAGGCGGAGCGCUCGCGAACCUGCUGCAUAAGAUGACCGACGACGAGGAGCUUGACAAGACGCAGCUCAUCUGGGCUGCGCUCAGCGACCCCAACGUCAAAAUCUGCAUGGCGGGCGUCACAUGCGCCCUCAUUGUUGUUGCCAUAAUCCAGCUCACCCAGUCUGAUACAGAGAAGUCGAAGGGUGAGUAG